AUGUCAGAUUUUGGCAAGAGAUCAGUUGCGUUAUUACGAUGCUCCAUUCUGUCUUGCAUUUUAAUUGAUCUGGUUGCUGGAUUAGCCUAUAAUUCAUUCAAUGGCAAUGUUGCUGGCGACGGGUCGUUCAACAAUAACGCCAACAGUAUGAGCAGCGGCGGUGGUGGUCUGCCUUGGGGUGGCGGUGGUGGUGGUGGAUAUCUGCCUUUUUACGGCGGUGGUGGAGGUGGAUAUACGCCUUACUAUGGCAGUGGAGGUGUAUCAGCAGGCGGCGGGGGUGAGCCAUCAGGUGGUGGUGCUUCGUUCAACAAUAACGCCAACAGUAUGAGCAGCGGCGGUGGUGGUCUGUCUUGGGGUGGCGGUGGUGGUGGUGGAUAUUUGCCUUUUUACGGCGGUGGUGGAGGUGGAUAUACGCCUUACUACGGCGGUGGCGGUAUAUCAGCAGGCGGCGGGGGUGAACCGUCAGGUGGUGGUGCUGUAAAUUCAUUUAACGCCAAUGAAGUUGGAAGCGGGGUUUGUUUUAUUGUUCAUAAAAUAUUACAUUUAUUGUGCGUUUUGUACUGUGUAACAGCAGGAUAA